CGAAACUGAAAGUGGAAUUUUUGGUGAAACGUUGUAACUGUGAGUUGCGCUGAAGCAGAGAUUAAUUUCCCUUGGAGAAAAUGAUGUUAAAGAUUUCAGUCCUAGUUGCAAUGGCAACUAUUGCCGCUGCACAAUACGGACAUCAUUACCCCGCACACGGCUACGGUCACGAAUAUGCUGGCCACCACGAUUACCACUCACCUCAACCAUAUGACUAUGGCUACGACGUGAAAGACGACUAUGGCAACAAGCAGUUCCGUAAAGAAACAGGAGAUGGCAAAGGAGGCGUGAAAGGUAGCUAUGGUUACGUCGACGCCCAUGGCAUCCAUAGGACUGUGGAUUACGUGGCUGACCACCAUGGAUUCAGGGCCAGUGUGAAGACGAACGAGCCUGGAACAGCCAAUCAGAAUCCAGCAGCCGUGGGAGUCCAUUCUGCAGCUCCAGUUCAUGCUCAUGCUCCAGCUUAUGCAGCUCCUGCUCAUUAUGCAGCUCCUGUGCAUUAUGCUCCUGCACAUCAUGGUCCACAUUAUGCUCCUUCUCAUGCUGUGCAUUACAGAGUGCCUAAAUAUCCUAAAUACAGCUACUAUUAAAAUGUGAAUUGAAACUAAUGCCAAAAUAUGAUUGAAGUUUGGAUGAAUAAGAGCAUCUGUUUUUCGGUGAUUAGCAUCUUUCUCUAAGCCACUUUACCUAAGGUUGGAAGAAGGUUCCGAAUGUAAUAUUUACAUCUAUCUUCUCUGCACAACGACACGUAUGAUGACGCAGCCACUUGCGUCACCAUAAGAUGUCUAACUUUAACGCCAAGCUUGCUGUAGAGCAUAAUCUUUGUCGUUUUCCUGUGGUGUAUUUUGUUGUACAG